AAUCAACCAUCUUCAUGUCGGGUUAUCUUGGAUUGUUUUUUCUCGGAGGAAGGAGGAAAAAAGGAGCUGUGAUUCGCGAGAAGUGUGGCGGAUGAUGGCUCUUCAUCCUUUCCGCUGCACUUUUCGCCUUCCCUUUCCUUCUUACUCAUCCUCUUCCUCGCCUGGCAGUAGGCGCUUGAGGUGCUCCGGCGACAACCAGGCUCCCGCUGCCCUCGAUACCAACAAGCUUGUGUUGGAAGUCAAGGAAAAACUUCAAAGAGAGCAUGCUAAUCUCCCAAUUGGAAAGAAUGGUAGAGACGAUGAAGAAAUGCUCCUUUGGUUUUUGAAGGAUCGAAGGUUUUCUGUUGAAGAGGCUGCCAUGAAAUUGUCUAAGGCUAUUAAAUGGCGUGAGGAUUUUGGUGUAUCGAAUUUGUGUCAGGAAUCGGUUCAGGAGUUAUAUGCAACUGACAAGGCUUAUGUGCAUGACUUCCCUGACAAUAAGGGCAGACCCGUAUUUGUGGUAGUUGCACGGAAACAUUUUCCUGGGAAACAGGAAUUCAUUGAGGAUGAGAGACUCUGUGUCCAUAUGAUUGAGAAUGCAUUAAGCAAACUUCCUCCUGGAGUUGAACAAAUUCUGGGCAUUAUUGAUCUAAGAGGCUUUCGAAUAGAAAACACAGAUAUCAAAUUUUUGAAGUUUCUGAUUGAUGUGUUCUAUUAUUACUAUCCGAAACGGCUAGGGCAGGUUCUCUUCGUUAAUGCUCCUUUGGUGUUUCGACCUGUUUGGCAGCUCAUGAAACCUUUAUUGAAGUCAUAUGCCUCAUUGGCUCGGUUCUGCGACAUGGAGACAGUCAGAAAGGAGUACUUCACAGAAUCAACAGUUCCACCCGACUUCCUUGAUUGAAUUAUGAUGAAAGGUUGAGUUCUAUUGCAUUCCAAAGACCCGGGAAAUUUUUGGUCGACAUCUUCCAACCUCGAAACCUUCAGCUGUUUCUUUGAAUCUGUCACGAUUCUUGAUUAUCGUCAAGUCAUAUUUGUGUUAUUGGAGAUCAGACUAUUCAAAUCAUUAUGUCCUUUAUUUCCA